AUGGCUGACCCCGGCGCCCUGAUCGCCCUGAUGAAUCAGGUGGAGGCCCUGGCCGCCCGGGUGAAGGAUCUGGAGUCCAAGCCCAGCAACGGCAACGGCAUGGACUUCCUGCAGCGCCACGAGGGCCUGUCCCUGCGGCGCCCACCCUCCCUGCAGAGCCUGGCCGGCGCGGGGGGGCCCGGCAUGCCGCGCGCGCCCUCCUACACCAACCUGUCCCAUGUGGAGGUGCCCAUGCCCUCCACGCGCGUGGUCAUGACCCAGAUCGUCUCCCCCGCCGACACCACGGGCGCCGGCAUCUGCUCCGGCGGCACCGUCCUGUCCUGGAUCGACGUGGCGGCGGGCCUGGCGGCCAAGACCCUGGCGCGCGCCCCCGUGGUCACCGCCAGCCUGGACACGGUGCACUUCCUGCGCCCCUGCCGCCUCCAGUCCAUCGUCACCAUCGCCGCCAUGGUCAACCGCGUCUUCGCCUCCUCCAUGGAGGUGGGCGUGCAGGUGGAGGAGGAGGACCUGUCCACCGGCUCGCGCCACCACUGCUGCUCCGCCUACCUCACCUUUGUCGCGCUGUCGCGGAGGGGGGGGGCGGGCGGCGGGGCUCCGCCUCAGAAGAAGCUGCCGCCCAAGGUCGUGCCCACCGACAGCUACUACCAGGAGAUCUUCGACGAGGCGGCUGCCAGGCGGGAGGCGCGCCUAGCGGACCGCGAGCGCCUGCGCUCCGACCCGGACGCGGCUGCGGCGGAGGCCGGCUGCCGACUGCUGCCCGUGGCCCACCGCCCCUCCCGCGCCACGCUGGAGGCGCCGCUGCCCAGCCUGGGCAGCGCGACCUGCCUGGAGGGGCGCAGCCCCCCCGGCGCGAGGUGCGUGGUACGCCCCGCGCGCACGGCGGCGCACAUGACGCAGCUGAUCAUGCCGCAGCACGCCAACUCGCUGGGCAUCGCCUUCGGCGGCGCGGUCAUGCGCUGGAUGGAGCAGUGCGCGUUCGUGGCGGCGGCGCGCGUCGCGCGCGGGGCCUACCUGCUCACCGCCUCCAUGGACUCCAUCGCAUUUGCCGCGCCGACGCGGGUGGGGGACAUCAUGUACAUCGAGGCCCAGGCCACCGCCAUCUUCGGCUCCAGCGUGGAGGUCAUGAUCAGCGUCUGGGCCGAGACGCCCGAGGCGGGGGGCCUGUUCGAGUGCGGCGACGCCUACGCCACCGUGGUGUCCAUGAACGAGUCCGGCGUGCCCCAGGACAUCCCCUUCGAGCUGGCGCCGGACACGCCCGAGGACCACACGCGGCACGCGGGCGCCAUCCGCCGCCGCCGCGACCGGCUGCAGAUGCGGGAGGCCAUGCGCCAGACCAAGCGCAAGCGGAAAGCGCUGGAUGGUAUGACUGACCGCUGGGGCUCCACCGACGACUUCCUCUCCCACGCGCUGCACGCUGGCAGCGGCAACGACAGCCCCGGGUCAGGCCCGGCCUCGCGCGCCCGAACCGAGCACGAGGCUGGUCCCGAAGGAGGUGAAGAGGAGGGCGGGGCGUGA